AUGAAACAAAAUCAAGAAAAUCGUGAAAAUCGCAGAAAUCGUAGGAGUCGUAAAGGUCAUAGAAUUCAUAGAAGUCGCGAAAUUCAUGAAGUUAUAGCAGUUGGUAGAAAUUGUGGUAAAAGUCAUGAAAAUAAUGAAGAUACUGAUUCUGUUCAAG